AUGGGCAGCUUAGCAAACGGAACCCACCAGGGCAACUUCCUCUUCACCUCUGAGUCCGUCGGCGAGGGCCAUCCAGACAAGAUUGCCGAUCAGGUUUCUGAUGCCGUUCUCGAUGCCUGUCUCGCUGAGGACCCUCUCUCCAAGGUGGCCAUCACCCCCUCCUUGAGCACCCCUGUUGCUUGUGAGACUGCCACCAAGACUGGUAUGAUCAUGGUCUUCGGUGAGAUCACCACCAAGGCCCGUCUUGACUACCAGAAAAUCAUCCGAGAUGCCAUCAAGGAUAUCGGCUAUGAUGACUCUGCCAAGGGGUUCGACUACAAGACCUGCAACGUCCUUGUUGCCAUCGAGCAGCAGUCUCCUGACAUUGCUCAGGGUCUUCACUACGACGAGGCUUUGGAGAAGUUGGGUGCCGGUGACCAAGGUAUCAUGUUCGGAUACGCCACCGACGAGACCCCUGAACUCUUCCCUUUGACCAUCCAGCUCGCCCACAGCUUAACCCCAUCCCGGCCUUUUUCAUCAUCGGUGGUCCCCAGGGUGACGCCGGUCUCACCGGCCGUAAAGAUCAUCGUCGACACCUACGGCGGUUGGGGUGCCCACGGCGGUGGUGCUUUCUCCGGAAAGGAUUACUCCAAGGUUGACCGUUCUGCCGCCUAUGUUGCUCGCUGGAUUGCCAAGUCCAUCGUGAACGCCAAACUCGCCCGCCGUGCCCUCGUCCAACUCUCUUAUGCCAUCGGUGUCGCCGAACCUCUCUCCAUCUUCGUUGAGACCUACGGCACCUCCACCAAGACCUCCGACGAGCUCGUUGAGAUCAUCAGAAACAACUUCGAUCUCCGCCCUGGUGUCAUCGUCAAGGACCUCGACCUUGCCAAACCCAUCUACUUCCAAACCGCCAAGAACGGUCACUUCACUGACCAGAGCUUCUCCUGGGAGAAGCCAAAGACCCUCAAGUUCUAA